GCUCAGCCAAUCGGAUUGUAGCAUUUGCAUUAGUAUACUACUAUACUACUAGAAUUCUACUAAUUAUUAAUAUUUCCUAGCCGUGCCAAACCCCCCGCGAUUCCCUCCCGCGAAAUUUGCGACGGAAACCGCAAAAGCCUGGUGACUAGCAAUAUGGCGGCCAUUUCGAAUGGAAGAGGGGUUUUUGCACGAACUCGCCGGAAAAUCUUUCGGACAGGGGCAAGAAACUUGGCAAAUACAACGCAAAGUGCUUCCCAGUACUGCGUCAACUUGGUCAGGAAUCUGGAUUACGAGAAUUACCUGUGUGUAUUGCUCUUGCCUAAAAGUUCCAGAACAGCAGCAUUUGCUGUGCGGGCAUUCAAUGUUGAGCUGGCUCGGAUCCAAGAUAUUGUAAGUGAACCAACCAUAGGAAAAAUGAGGCUGCAAUUCUGGAGGGACUCAUUGGAAAACACUUUCCAGGGGAAUCCCCCUCAACAGCCUGUUGCACUGAAAUUAGCUGAGGCCAUUGCAAGGCAUAAACUUACCAAGGGCUGGUUUUCACGACUUAUAGAUGCAAGAGAGAGAAGUCUUGACAACAGGCCACAUGCAACAACAAAUGCUUUGGAGGAACAUAGUGAAAACACAGUGUCAUCUGUGUUGUAUCUUAUCUUAGAAUGUCUUGGGGUUAAAGAUGUACAAGCAGACCAUGCUGCAAGUCAUCUUGGGAAAGCCAUAGGUGUUGUAACAUUACUGAGGGCUACACCCUUCCAUGGUAACAAAGGAAAAGUUUACAUGCCCAAUAACGUUAUGAUCAAGUAUGGUGUAUCUCAGGAGGAUAUUAUCAGAGGAAAGACAACUCAGCCAGUGAAAGAUGUUGCUUAUGAUCUGGCCAGCUUAGCACACUCUCAUCUCUCAACAGCACAGUCAUUGAUGUCAAAGGCCCCAAAAGCUGCAUCAAGAGCAUUUUUGCCAAUAGUUUCAUGUCAGACAUAUCUGACAAAGAUUCAACAAGCAGACUUCAAUAUCUUUGAUCCCAGUCUGAGAGAACGAAAUCACUUGUUGCCAUUUCUUUUGUUAAAACAUGCAUGGAGAGGGUUUUAACAACUUCAAAUUAAGAA